AUGGAGUUGAAGAAGGACAAGCUUCUUAUGUUUUAUUCAAAUGGGAAAGAAAGCAAAGAAACCAUAUGGCCAAUGAAUGAUCCAAUGACCAAAUCAUACAAACUCUCUUUACCUGAUAACCUCUUGUCUAGCAAUAGAAUCAGUAGAUACACUGACAACAACAACAACAACAAGUCCAAACCAUCUAAACUCUCAUGGUACAAAACAGUUCUUGAUCCAGGAAGUGAGAUUGUCUUGAAAUGGAACUGGGUCUUCAUCGUCUCAUGUAUGGUUGCUCUCUUCAUCGACCCUUUAUACUUCUUUGUCCCAGCCAUUGGUGGAAGUAAAGACUAUCCCUGCGCAAGGACAGACACAAACUUGAGACUCCUUGUCACCUUCUUCAGAACCAUUGCUGAUCUCUUCUACUUGCUCCACAUUUUCAUCAAGUUUAGGACAGGCUUCAUAGCUCCUAACUCGAGUACUAGAGUGUUUGGUAGAGGUGAGCUUGUGAUGGAUACCAAGGCUAUUGCUUGGAGGUAUCUUAAGUCUGACUUCAUCAUUGAUCUUGUAGCAACCUUGCCACUUCCUCAGUUAGUUAUCUGGUUUGUUAUGCCCGCGACGAGGAUUUACCGGUUUGAUCAUAGCAACAACAAUCUUGCUUUGAUUGUGCUCUUACAGUACAUUCCUAGAUUCUAUCUGAUCAUUCCUUUAAGCUCUCAGAUAGUUAAAGCUACUGGAGUUGUUACAAAGACUGCUUGGGCUGGUGCUGCUUAUAAUCUCUUGCUUUACAUGCUAGCUAGUCAUGUGCUUGGUGCAGCAUGGUAUAUACUAUCAUUUGAUAGAUACACAUCAUGCUGGAAAUCUAGAUGCAGCAAAGAAGAUGGUGGAGUUAACUGUUAUCUCUAUUACCUAGACUGUGAUUCACUCUUUGACUCUAGGCAGCUACAAUGGGCAAAUGUCACAAAAGUGUUUAAACUCUGCGAUGCAAGAAAGGGGGAGUUCAAGUAUGGAAUGUUUGAGAAUGCUAUGACUAAAAAAGUUGUGUCUUCAAACUUUAGUGAGAGAUAUUUCUACUGUUUGUGGUGGGGAUUGCAACAGCUUAGUUCUUAUGGACAGAACUUGUCCACUACAACAUUCAUCGGUGAAACCAUGUUUGCUGUGCUUAUUGCAAUAUUUGGUCUUGUCCUCUUUGCUCAUCUCAUUGGGAACAUGCAGACAUACUUGCAAUCUUUGACUGUACGGCUUGAGGAAUGGAGACUUAAGAAGAGAGACACUGAGGAGUGGAUGAGACAUCGCCAACUUCCUGAAGAGUUGAGAAACCGUGUGAGGAGAUAUGAGCAGUAUAAGUGGCUUGCAACAAGGGGAGUAGAUGAAGAGAUUCUCCUACAAAGUUUACCUACUGAUCUUCGCCGUGACAUUCAACGGCACCUAUGCUUAGACCUUGUUAGAAGAGUUCCAUUUUUCUCCCAAAUGGAUGAUCAGCUCCUUGAUGCAAUAUGCGAGCGUCUAGUUUCUUCUCUGUGUACAGAAGGGACAUACCUUGUACGCGAAGGUGAACUAAUCACUGAGAUGCUCUUUAUCAUCAGAGGUAGACUCGAGAGUUCCACAACCAAUGGAGGCAGAACCGGUUUCUUCAACUCAAUUAUCCUAAGACCUGGUGAUUUCUGUGGUGAAGAGCUUCUCUCUUGGGCUUUACUUCCAAAAUCAACUUUGAACUUACCUUCUUCUACAAGAACAGUAAAGGCCUCAGUUGAAGUAGAAGCAUUUGCUCUUAGAGCUGAAGACUUGAAGUUUGUUGCUAAUCAGUUUAGGAGACUACACAGCAAGAAGCUUCAACAUACUUUUAGAUUCUACUCUCAUCACUGGAGGAAUUGGGCUACUUGCUUUAUACAAGCUGCUUGGCUCAGGUACAAGAGGAGAGCUAUGGAGAAUCAUCUCACUGCGGUUGAGACGAGGCAAAGUGAUGAAGAGAAAGAAGUAGAAGUAGAAGAAGAGUGUGUUGAGUCUAGUCCAAAAGCAAAGAUGAAUAUUGGUGUUAUGGUUUUGGCUUCACGUUUUGCAGCUAAUACAAGACGUGGUGUUGCAGUUCAGAGGCCUCGGGUUAAGAAACCUGAAGAUCCUGAUUUCUCUGCUGAGCCUGAUGAUUGA